AUCCUGAUGAAGCGUGCCUUUCACUGCGUCCCUUAUCCUCCUUACGUUCUUCUCAAUCUUGUGUGAGCCACCCAUAGUUACUAUCCAGGAUGCAAUCUAUAGACGGCUACACGCUGUUAGAAAAGGGGGUCGUGACCCCUAGCCCAACUAUCGUUCUUGAUCAACCGAGACGAUCUCCACUCUAUCAUCUGAAAACCCUAUUCCUCUUCACCAAAAGCGAUUUCAAAACUGUCAUAUUUCCCCAGAGCAUAUUCGCCAUCACAGCGGCAUUAUCGACAGCGAAGUUAACCACAGCAGAAUUGAGCGAAGACGCAUAUACGCGGGCCUGGCAAGUGGCUUCGCGUAUACCACUGAUGCUUGCGUGGAUCUGGCUGAAUCUCUUGGUGGAGGAUUUGGCUAAUCAACGCCUUGAGGGAUCCAUUAUCGAGGACACUGUCAACAAGCCCUGGAGACCGCUGCCCUCUCAUCGUCUGACGGCAGACCAAGCACGGGACUGGCUCACUGUUGCUAUUGUAGUCGCCGUAGGCUCGAGUCUCGCCUUGGGUGGCUACACAGCCAGUGUCACCUUGAUGCUCUUCAUAUGGAUGUACAACGACCUGGACGGCAGCAACAGCGGCAUCUGGAUACGAAAUGCCCUCAAUGCGAGUGGCCUGAUGUGCUUCAGCUGGGGUGCGUUAGCCACAUUGUCAGGCGGCGAACUAUCAUCACGGGCCUUUACCUGGAUCUUGGUAACUGGAGCCAUAAUCAUAACCACGGUUCAUGCGCAGGAUCUGCCAGACAUUGAAGGCGACAAGGCACGCGGACGCCUUACUGUGCCCUUGCUGUAUGGCGAGACAGCAGCCCGGGUGUCCCUAUCCGCCAUGGUCAUGUUCUGGUCAGCGGCGUGUCCGCUCUUCUGGGAUGCGUCGGCGUGGGGAUGGGCGGUCUCGACAAGUCUCGGAUGCGCCAUGUCAGUGCUUGCGCUGCAGAAGCGCGGCCAGUGGUGGGACGAAGUGGUGUGGAAGUUGUGGUGCCUUUGGAUUGCGGCGCUGUAUCUGCUACCAGCACUUGGCAAAUGAGCUGCUAGAUAUCCAGCCGCUAAUGAUUAAUGACAAACAAAUUCCUGGCUUGCCACAA